UUUGAUUUUCUGGGAGUGCUGUAGAUAUCUUUUUGCUUGUGUGUGUGACUGCAAAAAUGAGAUUCCAGCAGCUCCUUUUGGCAUUUCUCUUUUUCAUGAUGGGUCUACUCCUUAUCAAGGGACAGAGGCCAGCCAACCUGGCCUUGCGCAGAAAAUUACACAGACACAACUGUCCCCAGAGAAGAUGUAUGCCUCUCCACUCCCGAGUGCCUUUCCCCUGAGUAAUUCUGCGUAAUUUCCAUCUGCGUCACUGGGGAAGAGCAGUGAAGGAUAGAAGCUCUCCUAAGAAAACCUGCGGAGGAAUCCACAUCCUAAAAGGAAUCGUCUGAAACCACCCAAGUCUCUUAUCAGCCUCCUGUUGGAACUGCAAGACCAGAGAUUCUGUUUCUCUUAGAGGAGAAAUAAUUUGGAGUCACUGCAAGUGAUUGAAAUUGCCAGGGUUAUCAAGACAGUCAAUAUCUUUUCUGAACAUCAGUGUUCUCAUAAGGUUAAGGAAGAAAAAUCAUGCCUCUGAAAAAAACAAACUGACAGAAAAUAGGACUGGAUUAUUGCACAAGCUAUGGAUGUUUUCAAAAAUUGUUAUUUCUGGUAGUGCUUGUUUUAUUGCUUUAAAAUGGCAAAUGGUUAAGAGCAAGCAAUUAUUCAAUAGUUACCAUUUAAAGUUAAUAGGUUUUUGUGUUUAUAGAGGCAUUGGUGCUUAUGCUAUUGAAACUCAUUUGGCAGUACAGGAAUAGCAUAAAAUCUGUCUCGAUUAAGUGUGCAUGUUAUUUUAGAGAUGAAAAAUAUUCAUUUCUGAGAGGCAUGCAGUUGAGCUAAUAAAUCCAGGUUCCUAUGGGUUUAUGCUUGACAGAUUUUUCAAGACUGUACACAAAUUUUCUUGCAUUGGAUAAUCAUCAUAACAUGAUGAUUUAUUGAAAACACAAUUAUAUGGGGGAUUAUAGACCAACCUCUGGUUCCCUCCUUAUUUAUCCUUAUUUUCGGUCUGAGUGAGCAGACCUGGUUGCUACAGGAGCAAUUGAUCAGGGAAACCUGAACAGCAUAAAUGAAACUAGGUUUUGCCCCCAAAACCUCUUCUUAAAUAUCUUAUGGAAUCUUAUCUAGCUUCAGUUCAAGCCUGAAAUGCAACUAUAUUAUUUGAACUUAAAUGAUGAGGCUUUACAUUAUUUAAUUUUCAUCACAUUUUAAAGAGCUCAUCCUAGAUUACUAUAAUGGACUACAUUAUCAGGGAGGGCAAUAAAAUUUUUUUUUAUAAAUAAAAUAUGGAUUUGAAUAUGUGGGAAUUUCUAAUUAAAAAUGCUGGCAGUAUCUCUUUUUGUGCUGUAGAUGCAGAAACGCAAGUACAUCAGCGAGGCACAGUAGUUUAAGGAAACCCACAAACUGGUUCUUUUUUGGAAAUCAAGUAAAAAGUUAAAAUUACCAUCCAAGUGAAAAUGCUGGAUGUCUUGGUUCCGGGUGAAUUCUAGUUCCUUGCUACAAGUACAUCUAAGUAAUAAACUAGGUUAUUAUCUAUGCUGAUAUUUAUGUUUAUAAAAUAACUAGUCUGUAUAUUUGUGUAAAAAACUUAUGCACUUCAAAUAUAUCUCCUUUUAAUGAAUUUUUACAAUGUUUAUUUUAUAUUUGUCUUAUGUAAAAGAUCCUGCAUCCGAAGAAAAAUUUUCAAAUAUCUGCCUAAUAGCUUUUGUAAACUUAAUAUGGGGAUAGACAGAGGAGUCCUUUCUUAGUUGAUUUUGAUAACUGUCAAAUAAAAAAUACUCAGCUGCUUCUGA